UUAAAAAUUAUGUUACAGGUAACUGUUGAGUAGAAACUAUAUUCGCCUAUCUGUCACAAGUAUUUCCCUGUGAACGGUAUCAUCAUUUAUUUCCUCAUUGGGCGGGGCGAUUAUAAAAGUUUAAAACAAGUCUUUCUCUAACGAUACUUUUAUCUCGGAUAUUCUUCCUGAUUAGGAAAUUCCGUAUUCUUACGUAAAUUGUUGGCCACAUUGUUUCAGAUCAUGUUACCAAAUAGUUAGGCCUUAUUUAACUUCAUGAGGAAGCAAGUCUUUUGUUAGUGUCAACAGUGAACGCAGUUAUCAAGACGUACCAGUCGGCCUGUCAGUGGACUUGUAAACUGAAAUGGGAGUGUUCAUCCUGAUAAUCGUAUGUCUGGCGUGCCAAUUUGUCGGGGCAUCUGCUCAGUUUGUCGAGCGAAUGGAGGAGGUGGACGUGUUGGAGAGUUACGUUAUAACUAAACAGAGCUACAGUCAAAACUCCUUUGGACAUGCAGAAAUUUGUGGUCCCCCUAACGUCACAGCCUCCCUCAGCUGGUAUCCGAAAAGCCCCGGUAGACAACAGGAUAUCGCCUUCGCCGUCAACAUCACUGCACCUGUCGAUGUUUCUGCUGGAGUUUUACUUGGUGACGUUUACAUGGCAGAUGUCAAGCAUCGUAUCUUUGAAUUUAACUACCCUUUUACUUGUGAGAAGUUAGUGAAGAAGUCAAAUAUUAUGUCCCAUACACUGGCGGUGCUGGACAACUUCCGAUGGGUUCUUUCAAGGUUCACGGAAAAAUCAAAAAUCAAGACGAAGAAGAAUUUCUGUGUUUCAAGUUGAACAUAACCGUUACCGAUUGACGUGGAACAGAGCUGACGUGGAACGUAUCUGUUGAGAUGAUCUCUCAUAUCCUUCAUAUUUAACUUGACUUAAUAGAAAUGAUAAAAUAUUAAUCAAACUUAAACGAGAAAGAAAAUAUAAUGGAAAUAAAAGAAACCCUGUAUAUUCAUAUUACUUGUCAAUGAAGAAAUUAAAAAAUGUAGAAAGGAAAACAUACAUUAUUCUUAAUUUGCAUUAAUAUGAAUUCAGGAAUAUAGAGACAUGAUGAGACAUUAUUGAUAUUCCAGACCUGGCUGGACAAAUUGUUUUCGGAAAUAACUUCUAUUACUUUUCUUCACAAGUAGCCUCCCCUUACAAGUAGUCAUGAUGUUUGAUGUCAGGGGGCGUAAUGGAGGUCCGUGGAUAUGAGCACAGUUCUCUGUUGAUACAAAUAUAGUUAAGUCAAACGAGAAAAGCAUCAGACUUAUAAAACGGAAUUAUUCCAUUGAAUCUUAUGUAUGGAAAUGGCGGCGCAUCUUUGUCUGUGCUUGCUGGUAUAUUUAGCAAAGAUUAAAUUUUGUGAAAUUUGAGAUCUUGCAACUCAGGAUAACACACUCAGUGUUUGUAAAGUCAAUUAAACAAAUUACUAGUAAAUA